AUGCCCGAUGUCGACCUCAGCGACCCGAACCUCGACCCCACCGUACAGCAAGAGUUCCGAAGCCGAGAACUCGCACGCAGUCAAGCAAAGAUGAGACAGGACCACAUGGGCCCUGGUGAUCGAGAAGACGCCCAGCUCUUGUCCAUGAUUGAGUCCAUAGGUCAGUUGGACAUGGACGAUCGCGGCGGCUGGGACUUCCACGGCGUGUCCUCUGGUGCUGUCUUUUUGCGACGAAUGAAUGAGAACUUCCAGGGUCUCAUGGGCCCUGCCACAAAAGCGCCGUUCCUCCCACGGAAGGAACGGCCGUAUGGCCUGACGAAACUGGACUCCCCAGCGUCAGCCGGCAGCUCGCCACAAGAUUUGACGCUCGCCCACGGGUCUGAACUGCCUCCAAAAGAGUUCGCCCGCAAGCUUUGCUACUACUCAUUAAGCUGCGGAACCUGUCUCAUUCGGAUUGUGCACGCGCCGACGUUCUGGGACAUGUUUGACAACAUUUACGACAAACCACACGAAAGCUACACACAAGAAGAGCAAAGGUAUCUCGGUCUGUUGUAUGCUGCCAUGGCACUUGGCUGCAUGUACAACAACCUGGACGACAACUCGGCCUCCGUGACGUAUCAGGAGGCCCUGAAUCAAGGGUAA